AUGCGCCCAGGGCAGGGCCUGCUGCCAUUGGAAAAGGCACCUCUGGUUUGCAGCCUGCUGCUUCAGGCCCCUCCCGGGGAGUUUGCCCAGGUCGUCCAGGACCUCCGGGCGCUGGUGCAUGAUGAGGAGCUGCUGAGGCGCGAGGCCGCCCGUGUCGGGGCCUGGCACAGCAAAAACCAUUUCCCUCCAGUCCAAAUUAAUGAGCACACCGUGCUGGUGACCCGUUACAACGAUUUAGGUGGAAACCGCUUCUUUGACCCUCAGGACAAGCUGUCUUUUGCGUUUUACCACCUGAGCGGGGUGGCCAGCGAGUACCGCCUCCACGACGUGCUGCUCGAUGAGGGGGAGCUGCAGAGAGGGGCCCUCCACAAGGGCCUGAAGGAGUACGUGAGCUGCCACUUCCCCACCGGCAACUGCUGUGUCUUCCGAAAAAACGCGAGGAAGACGCAGAUCUUUGUGGCCUGCAUCGAGGCUCAUCAGUACCAGCCUUCGGGAUGCUGGAAUGGCCUCUGGAAGUCCGACUGGACUCUUGCCCUGACUCCAGUUACCACUCAGGUUACGGGGAUCUUCCUCCUCCAAAUGCACUACUUCAACGGUGCCAACCUCCAUGUAACGGUCAGUAAGUCUGUGAGCGAACCGCUCAAUGUGACGGACCAAAGUCAGCUUUCCAUAGAUUUUGUGAAACUUGUGAAAGCUGAGGACACCAAGUUGCAUAUGGCCAUCCUGGAAAACAUGCAGGCCUUGUCAGAGGAUAUAUGGGGGAAAAAUCUGCGGAGGAAACUCCCUAUCACUCGUACUUUUAUAAACUGGAAUAGACUGCUGAAUGAGCAGCCUCUGUAG